UCACCACAUAUCCGCGGACUGUUCUCAUUGUUAUGUCAAUGCCAAAGUGAUUCCUUCCAUACCAACUCAGAAUAUGAAACAGAAACCAGAUUAUGAUGUGUGGGUGUCCUUGUCAAAGGUUACAGGCCGGGUACAUGCUGCUGGUUGCAACUGCACUGCCGGUGAAGGAGAAUCUUGCAACCAUGUCGCUGCUGUCCUGUAUGCUUUGGUUGACAUCUCAGAAAAGAAACUUGAGGGCUUACAUGCAUCUACUUCACAGGAAUGCAAAUGGAACCAGCCACGAAAACGUAAAUUGAGUCCUGUUAAAUCACAAGAUAUGACAUUCACAAAACACAAGUGGAUAGAACAUAAAAAGACAACAACUAUAAGGCAAGAUGCUACUAAUGCUCCUGAUAAAUCGAUGGUUAAACCCAUAAAUGUGGACAGAUUUGCUCCAAAACUCUGUGAACAUUUUCCACAUGCAGGGUGGUUACUGACUCAAGAGUCUGUUGUCAAUAUGACUGAGGAAUCCCAUGUAUCAGUACCUCCCCUCCAUUCAGUUGAUUUCAACUAUGCAGACACCUGUGAUUUGAAAAAUGAAGAUUGUAUCAGGUAUUUUUCAGAGUAUUUCAGUGCCUUGUCCAUCUCAAAAGAAGACUGUGUAACAAUUGAGAAGAACACACGUGGACAAGCCAACAAUAACAUGUGGAGCUCAGCAAGGGAAGGGCGAUUAACCUCUUCCAAUUUUGGCCUUGUCUGUAAACUGAAAACAUCUACAUGCCUUGAUAAUGCUGUAAAGACCAUUUUUGCAUAUUCACCAUUUGAUAAUGAUGCUCUGAGAUGGGGACGUACUCAUGAGUUGGCUGCAAGGAGAAAAUAUGCAAAUCUGAUGAAGAAACAUGAUGUGAAUGCAAAGGUUGUUACAUGUGGUUUCAUGGUGCAUCAGGACUUUCCUCAUCUUGGAUCCAGUCCUGAUGGUGUUGUUCACAUUGGAAAUGAAACUGGACUUCUUGAAAUUAAGUGUCCUUACAAGUGGCGGCUUUCCACAGUACACCAGGCAGCGGAAGAUCCUCAAUUCUGUUCUUCGCUCAAGGAAGGAGAAAUUAAAUUGAAAGUUGGCCACACAUACUAUUACCAAAUACAAGGACAAAUGGCUCUAUCCCAAAUGAACUGGUGUGAUUUUUUCAUAUGGACUCUGAAGGAUUGUCAUGUGGAAAGAAUACACUUUGAUUCAAGAUUCUGGGAGGGCUGCCUCUCUCUACUCAAUGACUUUUAUAUUAAAGCCAUUCUGCCAGAGCUUUUCACAACUCGUGUGAAACGAGGAAAGCGUUUGCAUCCUGUGUAA